UAACCUUUCUUCGUCUCCAAAUUCAUCAGAGGGUUUUACACAAGUAGCAACAAUGGAGGAAGAAAUCCAACUUGAACCAAGUUUCCAAUUGUUCUCUCGCAAAAAGAAGAAAUCAACCACAAAGAUCAACAAUCCGCCGCCACCAGCAACCGCCACCGUGAAGGAAUUGGAGAAAGUACUAAACCCUAACCCUACACCGGCGCACGUCACCUUCUCCGACCUAGGGCUGGCGGAAUGGGCUGUCAACACCUGCAAGGAGCUCAAGAUGAAGCACCCCACUCCAGUGCAGUACCAUUGCAUUCCCAAAAUCCUGGCCGGCCGGGACGUGCUUGGCCUCGCGCAGACCGGGAGCGGAAAGACGGCGGCGUUCGUCCUCCCCAUCCUCCAGCGCCUCGCCGAGGAUCCGUAUGGGGUGUUUGCGCUGGUGGUGACUCCGACGCGGGAGCUGGCACACCAAUUGGCGGAUCAGUUUAAGGCGCUCGGGUCUGGAUUGGGGCUGCGGUGUGUGGAGAUUGUCGGCGGUAUGGAUAUGAUUACGCAGUCGCGGAGUUUGAUGCAGAGGCCGCAUGUGGUGGUUGCUACUCCGGGAAGGAUUAAAUUUCUGCUUGAACAGAAUCCUGAUUUGCCUGCUAUUUUUUCUAGAACUAAGUUUCUUGUGUUGGAUGAAGCUGACAGAGUCAUGGACAUUAAUUUUGAAGCAGAGUUGAGAGUUAUUUUUCAGUGCUUACCAAAGAAACGGCAAACUUUACUAUUUACCGCCACCAUGAGCAGCAACUUACAGACGUUACUUGAACUCUCAGCAAAUAAAACAUAUUUCUAUGCAGCAUAUGAAGGUUUUAAAACAGUGGAAUCUCUGAAACAACAGUAUAUUUUUAUUCCCAAGAAUGUGAGGGAUGUGUACCUUCUCCACAUAUUGAACAAAAUGAAGGAAAUGGGUGUUCGAUCUGCCAUGAUAUUUGUUUCCACCUGCAGGAGUUGUGAACUUCUGAGUUUGUUGCUAGAACAGCUUGAUCUUGAAGUAGCAGCAUUGCACUCUUAUAAAUCCCAGUCGUUGAGGCUCUCGGCAUUACAUAAAUUCAAGUCCGGGCAGGUCCCUAUACUAAUUGCAACUGAUGUUGCUAACCGUGGUUUAGACAUACCAACAGUAGAUUUGGUCAUAAACUAUGACAUUCCAAGGUAUCCAGAGGAUUAUAUUCAUCGAGUUGGUCGUACUGCUAGGGUAGGAAGAGGAGGCCUUGCCCUUAGCUUCAUCACCAAGAAUGAUGUGGACCUUGUGCAUAAAAUAGAAGAUCUUAUAGGGAAAAAAUUUGAUGAGUUCGAGUGUAAGGAGAAGGAUGUACUUGAGGAUAUCACAAAGGUAUACAAGGCUAGGCGCGUGAUAGUGAUGAAAAUGAUGGACAGCGGGUUUGAGGAGAAGGCCUUGUCACGAAAGGAGCAGAAGUCGAGAACAAAAGAAAUUCGAAGAAAGAGUAAGAAACGGAAGAGGGGCAAAGCUAUUGAAGUAUCUCAAGACUCCUAAGGGAUAGCUGUCCAACGCCCUUGUGUUUAUCUUAUAUUCUCUUAUAUUCUCAUUCUAUGUAUUGUACGUGUUAGGAUUAACACACAAGGCUUACACACUCUUGAAUAGAUCACACACACUCACUGUAAUGUGAAGUACUCACACACUUAUGCAGAAAACUCACACUAACAGUUUAGUAUUGAAAGUAGGUGAUUUCUUGAAGAAA